AUGUUCACCCCUACUGUCGCGAAUUAUAUCUCCUUCUUCUAUGCUGUGGGCAACACCCCCGCCAUCAACUUGGCCAAGAACUUGCCUCAUGGUAUCGAUGCCAAUCUUCUCCUUCUCGGCUGCGGUGAUGUGAGGAACAUCCUUCACACCUCGUAUCAUGAGGAUGGACUCCCCAGUCGCAAGCUUGACAUCACCAUCAACGACAUUGACGAGGCUGUCUUGGCUCGUAAUAUCUUUCUGCUCUCCCUCCUCCUGGACAACAGCGCCUCCGGCAAUACGCCAUGGAACCUGUACUACAACCUCCACCUGGACAAGAAAGACUUGAGCGUUCUAGCAUCCCAAGCUAAGAAGCUCAUUUCCGCAUCAGAGUCCUUGAGAUCAUGGAAAGCAAGCUCUUACGGCAACGUCUUGCCAUUCUGCGACCAGGCUACCCUCGAUGAUGUUCGUGCCAUUUGGGUCAGGUACGACGCUGCUGCCAAAUCUGAUGAUACGUCUGUGGACUCGGCCGCCUUGGUUGCCAACAUGAAGCAUUCAUUGGAAAUGAAGAAUACUGCCUUUGGAGGCGGCGUCUCCUUCACUGGACUGCGAUCAGCUGCCCCCGUCUCUUUGCAAUUUUCACAGCAGAUCGUCGAAGCAUCGGAAGAAUUCUGGAAAUCUGCCGCCGCAGGACCAAGCGGCGUCACCAGCCACCCAAAUCCCCUGUUUUAUGCCUCAUUGACGGAGCAUCACAUCUUGCAUUAUGGAACUGAUCCCAUUCUGGGCUUCCAUCUUGCAGCUGCGUUCCUCCGCCUGACGGACAAGUCUCCUCUCAAGCCCGACCAGAAGGAUGAGCAGUCCAAGGUCUUCGCCGCCGCGAAGACUCAGUUUCGAGAGUGGGCCACUGCCUGCGGCACUAUGCUUCGGGCAAAGAGACUAGUUAUUCGUUCUGUUGCCAGCGAAGCCCUGGCAUUGUGUCAAACCUUCCAGCACUACGCUGUGGCCCAGGAGACAUCAGCUGGAUGGUACCGCCGACAGUUCGAUGCCCGGAUUCUUGCUCUCGAUCCCGAAGCUUACGGAUCAAAGACAGCAGCUCCAGCGGCCUUCGAUACUAUCGAUACUUCCAACCUUGCAGACCACUUCGGUACUCUGAAUAUUCUUAUAUCGGCGCUGCCUCUACUCACCGCCCAACCUUGGUCAGCUCUGUUUACUGAGACUCUCCUCAAGACGGAAGAUACCACGAAGGAAGCAUUCGACAAGCUCCUUUACGGCCACGGUCGUACAAUCUCACUGCUCCUAGGAGCGAGCCCUGUAGAAUACUGGACAAACGCCACUGCUACAUCGAGCGUUGACGAGGUUCUUAUCGGUUUAAGCACCAACAGCAUACAUUCAGCCAAGGAUACGCCGUCUCAAGUGCACAACCGUAUCACAUGGAAGCAAAGCAAACAUUUCUCUGGAGUGAGCUCAAAGAGUCCUCUCAAGAUCGACCCAGAGGCGCUGGCGAGCAUCCUUUUCCGUCUGUACCUCGAUGUUUUUGCGCAUGAGAACCCCAUGAAGCUCCUCUCCAUCUCGAAAGCUUCCGUCACCCAGCUAAUUCGAAACUCGGCCUAUUCUCACUUUCAUCGUGGCACGCUCGUCUCUCUUCUGCGAUAUCUCAAGCUCAGACUGUCCGUUACCGAUUUCGACGUCACUUGCAGGCUGUUGAUAGAGAAGAUUUGCGCGGAAAGAAGUCUCAUGUUUACAGGCAACCUCAGACAGGACUUAUCCCUGCAGAUGCACACACAAGGUGUCUUUUCGGAGCCCUGGCUUCGUCAAGAAAUCAAGCCCAAUCGUAAGCUUGGUGGUUUCGACUCGUGGGAGCACGUCCCAGAGGUUGUGGCCGUUAGUCUUGUUGUGCCACGAGAGUCGUUUAAUCGGGUUUACGCAGGAUCGGGUCAGGCAAAGAUGAGCGCUCCAACCAUCAGAGGAUCCUUGAUCUCUGGCGAGAAUGCGAAUCACCAGUGGCGCAACUUCUACGACGAGGUUCAACUCGUCUUUGGUAACAUCGUCACUAGCGGCGACAGAGAGAGCAGCGGUUUUUCCGUCGUCGUCAAGGCUGACCCGGCUGGUUGGCUUGGAAACUCUCCGCUCAUUGCCUCCUUUUAUGUCCCAGCUGCUGCGCUCCAGAUGGAACGUAAGACGGCUUAUGCUCGCUUGGAGGUCGUCAGUUCCGCUCAAAGCGCAGUCGUUUUCAGCAAGACCUUGGGUCACGAGCUGAAAAUUUUCCAAGCGAAGCUCGGCGAUGAGGACAGCGUAUUCGUCACCAAGCACAUGCCUGGACAGACGAUGUAUCCCGCUGCUUCUGACGCGGCGGCUACUGUAGCCGAGUCUGAUGUCGAGCCCAAAAACGAGACCGCGCCCAUCUUCACCGCUGACGUGCCCAAGAACCAGGACAGGAUCGAGACUAUCACAGGCCAUCUUGACUUCGUCGCAGAAAAAGGAAAGAAACUGCUCGCUGGCAAGGUCCCAAUCUCCAUCGAACAAGCGUCACCCUUUACCGUCAACAUUGUGUUUGGUGACAAAAAGCACAUCUAUCCGCUCACCUUCCCAACUCCAGUCGACGCCAGCAAGGCCAAGACCCGCAUCGCUCGCAAGUCGGCCUACAUUGAAGUCGUCGCUCCCUUCGCCGUGCCCCCGACACAACCGCAGACGAAGACAGCUCUCGACGACUUUGUCUUCCCAACCUACCUCGCGCGAAGCCUUUCCAACACCCCAGCGGACCUCAACACCCCACACUUGAACCUCGACCGUCUCCCCAUCAUCGACCUCUCGGGCAAAGAAGACAACCGCUGGAUCACAACGCUCCUCUCCUUCGGGUUCUCCGUCAGUGAGAGGAUACUGCGCGAGGAAGUCAACGCAGGACGACAAGAGCUCUCGCCGUCCCCCAGACUCAACUUCAAGGAAUCCAUCUUCACCAUGGCUAUGCUCUCCUCGGGCCAACAGGGUGGCCAGACUGGCCUUUUCUGCCUCAACCACCCCGACCGCGGCGGUGUCCACAUGCUGGUGUUAGUGUCCGCAAUCAGGCUUGAUGCCGCCGCAGCUUCCAUCAUCCUCGACGCCGCGGUCCUGCCUAUGACAAUCCCGCUCAUUAAGAAAUGCGAGUCGUUCCUGUUGCUUCUCAGGGAGCUGAAUAUGUGCUCCGUCACGGUCAACGACGACGAGCUGGUGUUCUGGAAAAAGGUCCUCCCCGCCCUAGCGGAGCGCAGCCGGACGUGGAACCACAAGUCUUCCUGCGAGUAUCUCAAGACCGGCUCCGUUCCGCUGUCUCUAGAGCCCGGCGAGCCAGUCCUCUGUUCGUGCGGCAACGGCCAUUUCCCCGACAACUUCAUCGGCCUCCCAGAGUGGGGAACGGCCGCCAAGUACGCUACCCGCAUCGCCAUCAGCCCAACCUUUGCUGUGCCCCUUGUCGAAGACAUUGUCGACACGGAUCUAUACAAAAAGCCCGGCUCUGUCGUCCCCCCGCAGCAGGAGAGGUGUAGGAGUUGCGGCAAGACCGGCAAGGACGGUGUCGCGCUGAAGAAGUGCAUGCGCUGCCUCAAUGUAAGGUACUGCAGCCCCGAAUGCCAGAAGAAGGAUUGGCGGAAACACCGUGGAGAAUGCGAGGAGAGUGAGCAGUACCACAAGUAA